CGCACUUCGCCCCGUCGUGUUCGCGGUGAAGGAUCUGCCUGUCUGUGCCGUGCUUCUCAUCGCCAUUGUGUGUAUUGUCCCGCAUGAAAGUCUCGUAUUUUGCACCAAUUUCCCGUGCAAUUUGUACUUUUGUUCAGGUACAAAGUGAUAAAGUUAUAGUUUUUCACGAAGAAAGUGAAAUUGUGGCGGAAAAUUGCGCUCGCCGCGUGUUUUCGUCCGGGCGCACUGAAAUCUUUUUUUUUUGACAUCGCCAAACGUCGUCGUCUUUCGUUGUUGUGGUUGUAGUGUUUUUCUGCCGUGCGUGCGAUAAAGAUAGAAGGCGCAACGACGAGCUCACAGUCAGUCAGUCAGUGUGUGGAUUUCUCGGACUUGUAAAAAUUUCUGCUUCAUUCCGUGUUGGUCUGGUGUAGGGAUUGUGAGCACAAUUUUCGGUUCGGUUUUGUGGUGAAACUCUCGGUUCCAUCGGACAAUGAGCGUCGAGGUGGAAGCGGCCAAUCCGCAGGAUAACUCCACCAAACAGGUGAACGGCGAGUCGGCCUCGGAUCGCGCGAAUGGAGUGAGCAAUGGCCACUCGGAGGGCGGCGGCGGUGGCUCCAGUGACGAUCGCCGCAAGAGCCACAAAAGCUCCAGCAAGGACAAACACCGGGACAAGGACCGGGAUCGGGAUCGCGAGAAGGACAAGAGCCGAUCGGACAAGGAUCGCGAUCGCGACAAGGACAAGGAACGCUCGAAGGAUAAGGACCGCGAUCGGGACAAGCACAAGAGUAGUUCAUCGUCCUCGUCAAAGGACAAAGAUCGCGAUAAGGACAAGUCCAGCAGCAGUAGCAGCAAGGAUAAGGAUCGCGAUCGACAUAGCAGCUCGCACAAAAGCUCGAGAAGUGAUAAGGAUCGCGAGAAGGACAAGGAGCGAUCCAAGGACAAAGACAAGGAACGGUCAAAGGACAAGGAUCGGGAACGAGACAAGGACAAGGAGCGUUCGAAGGACAAGGAUCGCGAGCGCGAUAAGGAUCGAAAGGAUCGCGACAAGGAUAAGUCUAGCAGCAGCAGUAGCAAAGACAAAGACCGCGACAAGCACAAGAGUAGUUCAUCUUCCUCGUCACGUGAUAAGGACAAGGAACGUGACAAGGAGAAGAGCAAGAGCAGUAGCAGCAGCAGUAAGGAUAAGGACAAACAUUCCAGCAGUAGUAGCAGCAAGGACAAAGAUCGUAAGGACCGCAGCGAUAAGCAUUCCUCGUCCAAGGAUAAGGAUCGAGAGAGAAAGGAGGAAAAGGUCAAGGAGGAGCCUGCUGAAGUGAAGCAAGAACAGCAGGAAGUGAAGCAUGAAGAGCCAAGCGCAAUGUUCAAUGGUGUUGCUAGUAACGAAUCGUCUCAGGAUGUUUCCGAGAUAAAACAGGAGGAUCCUCUCAGCAUUUCCCAGGCCAGCUCCUGUGACUACUCGAUGUCGCAGUUCCGUGCUGAUGAAUCCCAGUUUGUCAUCAAGGAGGAAGCUUCCGAUCAGGAUCAAGCCGAAGAGGAACCGGAAGAGCCCACUCCGAUGGAAGUUAAGCAGGAAUCGGAUUCCGAGGAUGACGUUCCUCUGUCGAAGCGCAAGAAAAAGGACGACGAUGAAGACUUCGAUGGCGGUAGCAAGCAGAAAAAGAUAAAGACCGAGAAAAAGGACAAAAAGGAAAAGAAAAAGAAGAAACGCGCCUACGAAUCUGAGGCGGAGGAAUUCGACGAAGAGGAAGACGAGGAUUACGGUGCCGCCAAGAAGAAGAAACAGGCGAAGCAAGUUAAGAAAGAAGUCAAAAAGGAAACCAAGACCAAGACCAAGGUCAAGACCGAGGUAAAACAGGAGACUGCCAGCCCCACUAAAGGACGCAAGAAGAAGCAGGAAGAGGAGGAGGAGGUUUGGAAAUGGUGGGAGGAGGAAAAGCGCGAAGAUGGUGUCAAGUGGAACACGCUGGAGCACAAAGGCCCGGUAUUCGCACCGCCCUACGAACCACUUCCGGAUAACGUCAAGUUCGAAUACGACGGAAAGGUGAUCAAGCUUUCGCAGGAUGCGGAGGAGAUUGCCGGCUUCUAUGCCCGGAUGUUGGAGCACGAGUACACAUCGAAGGACGCUUUCAACGACAACUUCUUCAAAGACUGGCGCAAAUCGAUGACCUCGUCGGAGCGCGAAAAGAUCAAGGAUCUCAAGAAGUGUAACUUCCGCUCCAUGCACAAACACUUUGCCGAAAUAUCCGAAGCCAACCGGAAUCGCACGAAGGAGCAGAAGCUAGCCCUCAAGGAACAAAACGAAGCCCUGAUGAAGGAAUACGGAACGUGUUCCAUCGAUGGGCACAAGGAAAAGAUUGGUAAUUUCCGUAUUGAACCGCCAGGUCUGUUCCGAGGUCGUGGUGAGCAUCCCAAGAUGGGUAUGGUUAAGCGACGAGUCAUGCCGGAGGAUGUGAUCAUCAAUUGCGGCAAGGAGAGCGUUUGGCCCAAAGCCCCGGAAGGACACCGUUGGAAGGAAGUUCGACACGAUAAUUCCGUCUCCUGGCUGGCGUCCUGGACGGAGAACGUCCAAGGCCAAGUCAAGUACGUCAUGUUGAACCCAAGCUCCAAGUUGAAGGGCGAGAAGGAUUGGCAGAAGUACGAAACGGCUCGGCGACUGUUGAAACACAUCGACAAAAUUCGGGACACCUACCGCGACGAGUGGAAGAGCAAGGAGAUGCGGAUACGACAGCGUGCCGUGGCCCUUUACUUCAUCGAUAAGCUUGCGCUGAGAGCGGGUAACGAAAAGGACGAAGACCAGGCCGAUACGGUCGGUUGUUGCUCGCUCCGUGUCGAGCACAUUGACCUGCACAAGGAACUGAACGGCAAGGAGAACGUGGUCGUGUUCGAUUUCCUCGGUAAGGAUUCCAUUCGGUACUACAACGAGGUGGAAGUCGAGAAGCGUGUGUUCAAAAAUCUGGAAUUGUUCAAGGAGAACAAGAAACCCGGUGACGAUCUGUUCGAUCGGUUAAACACCUCCGUACUGAACGAGCACUUGCGUGAACUUAUGGAAGGCCUCACCGCCAAGGUCUUCCGUACGUUCAACGCGUCCUUUACGCUGCAGAACCAGCUCCGCGAGCUGACCGAUCCGGACAUGACCGUGCCGGAGAAGCUUCUGGCGUACAACCGUGCGAACCGGGCCGUGGCCAUCCUGUGUAACCAUCAGCGGGCGGUGCCGAAAACGCACGAGAAGAGCAUGUCCAACCUGAAGGAGAAGAUUCGGGCUAAGCAGGAAGCGGUCGAAACCUGCGAGCGGGAGUUGAAGGACCUCAAGAAGAGCAACGUUCGCGACAAGGUCGCCAAAGACAAGAAGCAGAAGCAGCUGGAACGCCUUAGGGAACAGCUGAACAAGCUCGAACUGCAAGAGACUGACAAGGACGAGAACAAGACGAUUGCCCUGGGCACGUCCAAGCUGAACUAUCUCGAUCCCCGUAUAUCCGUAGCAUGGUGCAAAAAGUUCGGUGUCCCAAUCGAGAAGAUCUUCAACAAAACUCAGCGGGACAAGUUCCGGUGGGCCAUCGACAUGGCCGAUGAGAACUACAUAUUCUAAGCUCACAAAAGAAAGAAACGGAUCGGAUCCGGUAUCCCCCAACUGUGAGAUAUCGUGUGGGGUCUCUCCGAUAGUGUGUCGUAAUAGUGUAUCGUAAGGUACCCCCAAAUUCUGGCAACUUUAAUAUCUGAUGAUCCAAAAUGUUUCGUUUUUAGAAUCAUAAAAGUUUUUUUUAGUAGAAAAUUAUUAGUGCCCAUUGCUUUUUUUGUUUUUAGUCUCACUCCUUGUGAUAAGAUAGGGCUAUUGUUCACCUAGAAGCACAUACCCACCCACGGAACACUAAUGCCACAGUUUAAAAGGAGGGGAAUUGCUGUUCCUUUCCUGGAAUAGAGUGAGACGUUCCGCGCAGUUAAAUCAGUUUUGUAAAAAUCUAUGUAUUUAUUUGAGAGUAACAUUAUAAAGUCCCCCAAUAUAACACAUAGCAAGUUGUCGAUCCCUUUUCGGGGUUGGCGAUGAUUUUUUAAACCUUUGUUCGGAAACGUACGCGUGUUGGAAGUGAAGAAGCCAUCCGCAGACAUCAAGAGUUGUUUAGGAUACUAGUUUAAAGAAGGAUAUUUUUAUAAUUAUUAAAAAAAACAAGCAUUUUCUCGAUUAGGAGGAAAUGCCGUAUAUUUUUAUAAUUUUUGUGAAACUUCCGUCAGAAGGAAACCUUUCCAUUUCAUCACCUCGCCUCCCUGCUCCUAGAAGAGCAGGGAUCGGGGCAUAACUAUCGUUAUCUUACGCCAACCAACCACAUUUUGAAUGCCAGCAGUCAAGGUUUAUUUAUUUCGAGAGAGCUAAACAGAAAGAGCAUACCUUAGUUGGAAAAAUUCCCUUUCUUCCUUGCAUGGACUAAGUACGUACCUAUGUUUGUUUGAUUCGUUUUCUCUUUAGAUUGUAAGUAGUAGCAAUUACAUAUUACCAAGUGCAUAUGAUUGAUGAAGCAACAGUACAGAAAUUUGCAACGUACAGCGUGUGAUUUUGAAGACGAGCCAGGAAGAGUUUCUUUUUUUACGUUCCCUAGAGAAUAGUUUAGGAAGAUGGAAUAAUUGAAUAAGCCCCAAGAGUGUGAUUUGCUUUGGAAGGAAUGAUUUAAUCAAAUUAGUGCCCAAAAAAUUAGAAGCCGAAAAAUUAAGACAGACAGUGUAAACCGAGUGGCAAUGAAAUGGAAAAUAACUUGCGAUACAAAGGUUCAUAUUUACAAAGCAGACAAAAGAAAACAUAUAUUAGUAGCCCUUAGUAGGUAUUAUUGAAAAAGUAAUUAAUCAAAUAAACAACACACCCCUACAAACCACAAAUAAUACCAUAAUUAAGAAAAACGUCAUUUCCGUAUAGUUCUCACUGCGUACCAUGCGCAGAAUUACCUUGCUAAGAAAGAGGAAACAACUCCGCAGCAGCAACAAAAAAGUGCAGUAAAACGACUAGAUUUAAGGCAACAGAGGUUUUAAACGCGUAAGAAAAUUGAAACUCCUUAUCUUAACGAAAGUCAACCAUUGACAAAAGCACAUAUGAUGAAGCAGAACGAAAAGAACACAACGGCGAUGAGAAGAUGAUAGUAGCGGUAGGACAGCAUUAUUAAACGAGAAGAGUAAAAUGACGUCUUGAGAACGGUCCCAGCAACACAAAGAGUGUUCUUUAUGAAAGACAUUCUGGGAGCCCUUCUCGUCGAACCACCAACAUCCACAGACUACUAAAUCAUGCGAACACUCGUACACACAUAUUGACCUAUUUGAAAUAAGUUAAAUAUCUGUAGGUUGAACAAUCAAGAAAAUCUGGAAAACCGCAAAUUGUGUGCAUCAGGCAAAAAAAACACUAAAAUAAAAUUCCAUAAAAAUUGAAA